AUGCAAUUAGCCUCAGACCCCCUAAGUGGGAUAGGGAACACUGACCUUUACUCAGACGGUUCCAGGUUAGACGAUCAGCGCGUAGGCGCUGCGGUAGCUUAUAAGCCACUUAUUGGCCCCUGGAGGUCGCGCCUAGCUCCCCUGGGCGCAGGCUUCGAAGUCUUUGAUGCAGAACUAAUAGGAGUAGUCGAAGCCCUAGAGUGGGCGCUGGCAGAGAAUCUUAGAGGGCCAAUUAGGGUGUUUCUCGAUGCUCAAGCCGCUAUAGGCAGGCUUCAGCAUACCCAGCCAGGCCCUGGCCAAGCCCUGGCGCUGCGGGCACAUGAUCUAGCCAAGGAACUGCAGGCCACCGGCCGCAGGGUUACUAUAUGCUGGGUGCCAGGCCAUAAGGGGGUCCCAGGCAACGAAGAGGCCGAUAAAGCCGCCAAGAAAGCUGCGGGGAAGCCCCGAACAGGCAAAUACUCGGGCAUCUCACUGGCACAUGCUCAACGGGCCUGUACCGAAGCUUAUAGAGCUGCCAGGGCCAACUGGCUUGCUGCAAAGCUUGCAAAGCGUGCCCAGCGGGCAAGCCAGGCCUACUAUCCCCCCCGGGGAUGGAAGCUUGACCCAAUGUUGGCGAACACCCCCAAGCACCUAGCGCGGCGAUAUUACCAGUUCAAGACUGGCCACGCACCAAUUGGGGCCUAUUUGCACCGAAUUAAGGCCCGAGACUUCCCUAAUUGCUUGGGGUGCUCUAGGGGGACUGAGACGGUAAGACACCUUCUUACAAACUGUCGACAGUGGUGCCACCAGCGGGAAAAACUAUAUGCCGGCUUGGCCGAAGCGGGGGUAAAGGCCCUGCAGGAUAGCGAGCAGUGCCCCGAAGCACGCCUAUUCCAGGACCCAAAGGCCACUACAGCGCUGCUGGCGUUUAUAGGGGCCAUUAGGGAGCGAGAGGAUAACCAACAGGCCUGGGAGCAGGCCUAUAAGACUGAUAAUUGGGGCAUUGAGGCCCUGGAUGAGGGAGAGCGAGAGGGGGAAGGAUAG